AGCUGUUGCUGUUUAGUGUUAAAAUUAUGUCUCAACAUUUACGGCGGCAGGCGCUAAGUGCGUUUAAGAAACUGCAUCGCACACGGCAGUAUGUUUUCCAAGGCGAUGAAACAGCGCUGAUUGCUGGCCGUCAAAAAAUCAACGAAUCUUUUCAACAAAAUCGCAAUGAAACUAACCAGGAGGAGAUCCAAAAGAUGAUACAACUCGCCAAUGACUGCGAGCAUGAAUUGCGCACGAAUGUUAUACAAGCCAAAAAGCGCGAGGACGACGUUUAUGAGCUACGUAUAACGCCUGACAUUACGCGUCUGGACAAUGUUGUCUUCAAUCCAGAUGCGAUCAUUGAGAAACCACGGAGAAGGCGUGGAGAUAAGAACACUGGCUGUUGCGGCGGCGCGGCAAUGGAAGCUCUAGAAAAGGAAAUCAAUACGCGAAAGCAGUAAAAAUAUGUAUUUUAG